AUGGCCAGCAUCAGUCCAGAAGUCAGAAGUCAGAAGUGCAGCCGCAACGUGCUCUCGGUACUUAGACCCCUACAGGGCCUCCUAUUUUUCCUCCUGCCGCCUUUCCUCCAAAGAGGUACCUACCUAACCUACCUUUACGCUGCUCUAGCGCCGGGCGAUGUACAUCUUGUCCCGACUCGAAUUAAAUACUCUAAUCCAGAAUCAAACAAUUGCUGCAAACCUCCCAGACCUUCUUUCGCCUUGCAGGGCCUGGAACACACCAUCGCCAAGCUCAAUUCCGCUCUUGAGCUGCCGUGCACCACCUCUCCUCGUCCUCGGCCGCGUCUCCCAGGUUUCACACCGUCUCUCCCGUCAAAGAUCGAGGAGAAAGAAAGUCAAAACAAGGCAAUCCGUCCCCUCUUCAUUUGCCUUGGGGCCCUCAGACAGGGGCAACCCGAGUCAGUCCCAUCGCCCGCUUCAGCGGCCAACCUUGGCUUACGACAUCCGGCUGACCCCGAAGACGUCAAUCUGACCGGCCGAGAUGACGGAAUGGCCAUCUCGGGCGGCUACUAUACUUUGGCAAUUCGCUAUCGCCCCUUUUCAAGACUUUCUUCUCCUACACGUGUCCGUGUGCGUGAACACCCAGACCAGAAGACCCUGACUUGUUACUGCGGAGCCUGAAGCGAUGGAGGGGCAAACGACGGCUAAAAAGAAUGCAAGCCAACAGCGGCCUCUGCAUCCAUCCGUCGCAAACAUGUCUGUUCAACGACCAACGGCCAGCCCGUUUCCGACAUUCGUAAGCCUCUUUCCGCCCUACAGCCCCAUACCCUGCCGUCUCAGGAACAGGGGUCUUUUUCGUCGGAGCCAAUCAGACUACGAAAUCCGCCCAUCCUUGCGAACAUCCCGCCUCUUCCCUGCCUCUGCCUUCAUGCACCAAGUACAAAAUCUUCUCCUCAGCCCCGUUCACAACCAUCCGUAAUCUCUAAAGAUCCAUUCUUUCUUCAACGUGCCCGCGACUCUUGGGACAUGUAAUGUUCGGCGCAGUCCGAUGCACAACCGCAGAGUUAGCCAUGUUUGGGCAACAUCGAAGCCAAAUCAUAUCCGUCAGUGCCUGCAUCCCUGAGUCAGCCCCGUUCAGCUGCAUGUCACUUCCGAACGACGAAUGACGAAUGACGCUACAUCUCCGAACGGGGUUCCCGCUUGCCGGCAGAGGUUCUCGGCUUUGGCAGCACGCAGCACGGUCCGGAUCUGAUCUCGGCCACUUCAGCAUUCACUUGCAAUUGCUAAGGUGCCCAUCCUUUUCGGGAUAGUACGAUGUAGACCUGGUCAAGUCUCAAAAGGAGUCUCGAGAUCCAAUUAACCGCCUCCUUUCAAAAAGCCUCUGCCCCUUCAUUUUCUUCGAUCCUUGAUCCGAGCAGAUUCCGGAAGGCAACAAACCAUAGUGCCAUGACGUUUGGCAGCGAACCCUUCGGUCGGAACCGUUUCUUCGACUGCGAUCCACACAUGUCAUACGAGGUGACUUCGUCGGAACUUCAGAGGGGAAGCAGCAGGUGAACCCGGAGAUCGAGAUCCAAUCACGUUGCGAGAAGGCGUCUCGAUCGCCAGAGUGCCGACCUACUCAACUAAAGUUCGCAUACUGUGAACCGUAAACCGUUCAAUACAGGUUUCGCCUCAGGCUUGACAUGCCAGCGUGGCUUAUCUACACACGAUCACACUAGCCUUUGUGUGGUGUGGGUGCUGUUCUCUGCCGGGCCGGUAUAUCUCAUUCGUUACGCGAUGGCGUUGAUUAUCGUACCUUGCCUAUUGUUGGUCGUUCCUUGCUGAUUGCUCGGCUUAGCGCCAGCUUACCUACACUGCUAACAUGUACGUACGACCUCAGACUCCUGAGCGUCUGGUUCGUAUAAAGUGGUUGUUGAUGUGUCGGUUUAGCUUAAUGCGCUGGAUUGCCCAUGUCAAUUUCUUGUCUCAUGUUCACUCGAUCCGGCUAUGCGCAUCAUCGAGAUUGUGCUGGAUUCGGUCUCUACAAGACCGUGCUCGCCCGUU